GACGAUAAAUAGGUAGGUAGGUACUUAAAUACCUAUCUUGGAGCUUAAUUGGAAUGGAAUAAUUUUUUUUAAUCUUCUUUGUAUUGUAUUUCUCUGUACUCUGUACCUACUAAUAAAAUUUUAUUUUUUUUGUUUAAUAUUUUUGUGAUAAAAUUUUUAUUUUCAUUUAUGGUAGCUAUCAUUUUAAUGUAGUUAGAAAAUGUGACAAAAAGAGUACCUACCUACCUUGUAUUGCGAAGGUUCCUAAAGUGACCAAAUCAUUAUCGACCACAAUGGACUGGAUUAUUUCGGAUGAGUUGGGUCUCACUGUGGGCCAUCUGGUCGGAUGGGGAGCAGCUGGAGCUAUGAUUGUUGGUGGCGUCGCACCGUAUAUACCACAAUACAGACAAAUUAAGAGGACUCAAGAUGCUGAAGGCUUUUCUUUAUAUGUUUGUUUAGCUCUUCUAAUAGCUAACACAUUAAGAAUUUUGUUUUGGUUUGGAAAGCGUUAUGAGCUACCACUAUUGAUACAAAGUAUUGUGAUGAAUGUCACCAUGUUUGUGAUGAUACAUCUGUGUGUAAAUGUUCAGAAAAAGAAUCAGAUAAUUAGAGCAAGAGAACGAAUUUUCACAGGUGCAAUAUUCAUGUUAUAUAUACUGUUGUGUUGUGUAAACGGCUCAGCCCAUCCAGAUGACACGGCCCACUGGCUCGACCAACGUAGCGGCCUAUCCGGCACUGAAAAACCUCACCGGUUUUAUGAUAUGGACAGAAGGUACUUCUGGGCGUGGACGGACUUCCAAAGCUACCUUGACUGUAUGCUGGUGUUCUCUGUGUUCGGGGCGGCGGUCACGUACCUGAUGAUCGAGUUCGCGCCGUUCGUCGAGCUCAUCGGGUUCAUGGCGGUGUUCACUGAAGCCAUGCUCGGGGCGCCGCAGAUCGCGAAAAAUCUACAGAAUAAAAGUACUGAGGGCAUGAGUUUAAGCAUGGUGAUCAUGUGGACUUGCGGUGACAUAUUCAAGACUGUAUACUUCAUUUUAAGAGAAGCUCCCACGCAGUUCUGGGUCUGCGGAGCGCUACAAGUCACUUUAGAUGUUGUUAUUCUCUUCCAAGUGUGGCUGUACCGGCACAACACGGCGGCGGCGCGGCGCACGCGGCGCGGCGACUAGCACUGGACCGAGACCGACUUAUAGCGCCCGCGCCGCCCGCCGCCGCCGCCGCCGCCGCGGCCGCUGCUGCUGCUCUACUUAUGACCGGCCGCUUUUGUAAGCACCACAUUUUAUAUAAAUGCUGCUCGUGCGUGGAGCACUACAUUAUAUUGUAUUAAGAUUUCAUUAUCAGCUGACGACGGAGAAAAUGGAGCUAUUUCAUAUUUUGCGAUAACUUUGCUUUAUAUUUCCAAUUAAACCUUGACAAUGUGUUAUUAUGCAAUUCAACGCUGCGACACUGGCCUUCCUUAUGUAUGGAUGCAAUUGAAAACAUUGAAAAACUAAUAUACUCGCGCCUUCUUGCCACGAAAUUUUAGUUAUUUAUAGCACAUUAAAUUUGUAAUCCAAAUAAAUGUAAGCAAUUCGCUAAGCGCCUGGAAUCCUAUUGUCGAACGCUUAAUAUUUGUUACAUCUAUGUAGAGGUAAUUCGUUUUAAACUUAGCAACUAGCGUGUCUGAUUAUUUAUAUCUUGUAAACCAUAUACUUUUCAAACCAUUUGGAUCUGUUAUCGCCUCGUCAGGCCGUGGUCGGAUCCGUCAGUCAAUCCGUGGCUCUGUGUGCUUCUCAUAUAACAUUCAAGGGAAAACCUCAAGACUAGUUUGUUUUGCAUAUAUCAAAAUAAUCAUGUAGUCUACGAUCUUUGAUGACAUAAAUCCACAAAUGUAUACUAACAAAACCAAUGAAAUUCGAUUGUGGUGCUAUUUAAAACGUACCUGUUAUUGAAAUGUCUACAAAUACCUGAAUUUGUAUCAUCGACGAAUAGUGCGUGGGAUUAAGGUGCUAUGUGUUUGUGCCUAAAUGAACGAUUUUCUAAGAAGGAUGAUUGCUAUAUUCAACUAGCUCGAUGACAAUUCAAUGUGAAUGGAAAUGAAUUCUAGAACGACCAAAAAUUGAUUGCGUUUUGUUGAAUAACUAAUAGUGGUACCUAGUCGUGUGGUAGUACAUGUAGUAUUAAAAUUUCCUAAAACUUUACAUUCGAAUUUUUGAAAAUUGCGAAAUGAAUUCUCUUUUAGAUGCAUUUUAUAUGCUCUUUUAGAUAAAUUUAAUCUUAUUUUAAGUAGUUUUACUCUAGAAAAAGAAACAUACUUUAUGCAACUAAUUUCGUGGCCUCGUUGAAAUCGUUUGGUGGCCAAGAUAAGCGGGCACUGAAACAUGUACUAUAUGAGAAUUUUCUAAGUAUUUUCUCAUUCGUGUGUACAUUUCGACCUUAUAACUUUCAGUAUCAAGCGAACGUAUUUAUUUUAUUAAUAAAUGAAAUACUAAUUCUAAAGACUCUAAAGAUUCUUAUAUUUAAAGUAGGUCGAAGCACACGACUACAAUUACACAAGUAAUGUAAUAAAAAUUGCUGUUGUAUUAUUGAGAUUUAUUAUGUUAAAUUUGCAUAUAGUUUAAGGUGAAAAAUGGUGGAAAAAACUCGAAAUAAUGCUAAUAAAUACUAUUUAGUGUUUUAGUGAGUUAAGCUAUAAAAUAAUGUAAUAAAAUUAUAAAUAAGUCAUAGUACAAUCGUUAAGCCAUAUAUAGAAGUAGCGCCUCCGGCAGAACGGGAGCGGGUGUGUUAGCAUUUUAGCAAAUACAAAACAUAAUAAUAAUUACAUUUUGAAAUAUUUUGGUAUUACGAAAAGUUUAUAUUGAUAAAUCACUCGACAAACAUAAACACACUUUCUAGCGAUACUUCAAAAUAUUUUAAUAACAAUUGGUUUUAAAUUGUUUUGCAAUCGAGGUAUUUUUUCCAGAAUAGCUAAUAGACCAACCAAAGAUAUUGUAACGCAGACAACGCUUUAGAAAACUGAACCAGCACUUUAUUUUGUCAUGUCUGAUUUGUAUGCAUAGAUAUUUUUUGUUAACAAUAUAAAACUGUUAAAGCCUAUGUAAAAUAUGUGACUUCCACAGGUUAAGGUACCUUAUGGUCGGUUUUUGGUUACGCAUGUUUCUGUCAUUCUGCUACUCAAAAACUAUUUAGAUUAAACAUAUACAAAAUACUAUCCAUAACUUACUUUAACCCGCGGAACUUUACAAUUGUCGUCGUGAUAUUUUAGUACAAAAAUUUGUGUUAAUAUUUCAGUUAUUUUUUAAACUACGAUAAUGUUUGUUAUUUUAUAAAAAAAAUGCUUAACGUUGAUUGUAUAAACAGAUCAGAAAAUCAUCAUCUUUUUAUCAAUUAUUUACACAUUAAUUUAAUGAUCGAUUAUAUUUUAUAAAUUAUCAUAUUAUUCCGCAACACAAAUAAAAACAUAUAAAUGGGAAAUGAUACUUCGUUACAUUAGUGUUCUAGUCUACCGCUCCUAUUGAUCGUAGAUAUUUUAAAGCUCGAAGCUAAAUUAGUUAUCAAAGUUCUCAAAUAUGAAUAUAUUGUACAAGUGUGGGUGUUAACCCUCUCUUUGCCCAACCCCCCCCUACCUCAAAUCCUUUCCUCUAACGAGUAAGUGAUAGCAACAAAUCAUAUCAUUACCAUGCUUGUUUCAUAAAUUUAUAUUCAACACGUACAUACUUGUGGGUUUGUUAUAACUGUUCUAUAGUUAUACGCAAAAUUUUGACAAUAGAAGUAAAAAGCACAUUCCUACCGGCUCAGUUUCUAGUAUUUCCUCAAUAAUUAUGUAAUAUAUGAAUGGAAAGUAUUAAAAAGAAAGUACCUUAAGCCAAAUGCAGAGCUCUUCCUCAUACAAAUGUUUUCGUGAGUUCGAUUCAAAGUGCAACGUAAAUAAGAAAAUUUAAGAGGACUUUUAAUUUCCAGGCUUAAUCAGGACAGGUAAUAUCGUUUUAAACCAAAUUCCAAUUAACUUGUUCUUGUGAAAUAAUAAAAUGCAAAGAUAACCUCAAUUUUAAUUUGCUUCUUUUAAAUUUAUUUCCUUUGAAGCCGUACGUUAGGUGGUCGUUAUAAAAUAUAUAAGCGUGUAGGUAAUAGUGAUAUUAAAUAAAACUCUAUAUUGUUGUAACCAGAGUUGCAGUGAUAGAAAUACAUUCUUAUUUCAUGACUAGGACUUCUGAUAAUUUAGUGUAAAAGUGUGUUCUCAAAUAAAAUUAUUCUCUUCCAUUUUCCCUUAAAUAUUUUGUAAAAUUGUUGUUAUUAUUUAGCUAAUUUAGCACAAACUCAUGUUAAACUCCCAUGUUAAUAUAAUGUUUGGUAUAUUUUUCUGUAUAUAUUUUGAACUAUAAUUUCUUUAAAAAAUACAUUCUUUUUAUACCUACUAGAGUGAACAUUUUAUGUAAAAAUAUUUUUAUGACCUUAUGCAUGAGUUAUGCAUUCCUUGAUAUUUCAGUCUUCCUGCCAUCAUUACUGUAAAUAAUUGUGAGCAUUUAAUUCAGUGUUAGUUUGUAAACGACGUAUUAUUAUGGGUACAAACGAAUGUAAAUUCCAUUACAUACCUAUACAUAUAAAUAAUAAUCACUAUCAUCCAGAUGCGAGUCAAGAGUUUUUCCAAAUGCUAUUAGAUGUAAAACAAAUUAAAUUAACUUUACACAGUACGUUACACCGUAAAUUAUUUAUUUUAAUCGUAAUAAAAUUGACUGUUGUAAAAAACUUUUUCAAUGUGAAUGUAAAUGCUCUUUUAGCUUCUUGGAACCUCAAAAUGAGAGAUAAUUUUGUAAUAUGUAAAGGUACAUAUCAUAUUCUUAGGACAUAUUUAUAAUUUUGAAUUAGUGUUGUAUGAAACCAAAUAGGCAUAUUUUGUCAAUUAAGUAAUUUAUAUUGUAAACUAUAUUGUAUAUAAUGAAUACCCGAUGACGUAUGUAUAUUGUGAUUUUUUUGAAACGAAAAUAAAGGUUUAUUGUUUGUUA